AUGGAGCCGACCUUCCCUCCGCUCUCGCGGCUCUUUGUCGUCUGCGGCCGCAGCUUUGACGCGGAUGGCCUCGAGGCCGUCUUUGCCACGCAUGGGCCCGUGGCCUCCGUGCGCAUCGCGGUCGAUCGCUCCCACAAGUCCCGGGGCUUUGCGUUCGUCCAGUACGAGAAGGCGUCGGACGCCGCCGCAGCGAUCGACGCGCUGCAUGGCCUCGUGCUCGAGGACCAGCUAUUCAAGGUCAGCAUUGCGCACGCGUCGGCGCCACGCAAGACGAGCCUCACGCGCAAGCACGCGGCCGAAGACGACGAGAGCGCGCAGCACCACGGCAAGCGCCAACGCGACGACGCGGGCCAGCGCGUCAUCGCCAAACCGAUCGCGCUUCUCGAGCCGACGGCCUCGGAUGCUUGCGCGAGUCCUUCCGUCGAGGCGAUUGUCGCCGCACUCGUGGCCGAGAUGGUCGAUGGCCUCGAAGCGGCGCUGACACCGCCCAAGCCAUCGAUCGUGAAGCGCAAGUGCUUUGGCCAAGAGUCGACGCGCUUCAAGCAGCCCAAGCGCGGGACCGAGCCACCGAAUGAUGACGACGACGACGUCCGCAAGGACAAGCCCUCGGCCGAGACCGGUCGCGCGCAGCUCAAGCGCGGAAGCGCCAAAGCCGACCAUGCGGGUAGCAGCAAGCGCACGGAGAAGAAGCGCGCGCCGCCAAAGCCGCAGUCACCGCGCGUCAAGCUCUUUGUCACGAGCCUCCUGGACUACACGCACCAGGAGCUCGAUGCCAUGUUUCGCGUCUACGGUGACCUCGACAGCGUUGCGCUCGUUCCGUGCCAAGGCAAGCUGCGCACGAUGGCAUAUGUGACCUUCACCAAGGCGUCCACCGCGCACAUGGCCAUCGAGUCGUUCCAGGACGAUCCGUCGUCGCUUCUCACGGUCGUGCUGGCCGAUACGCCGCCGCGGCGCCCGACGCUGCAGCGACCGCCGGAUGCGUACUUUGCUGCCCCACCCGAACGCAACUGGCUCCUCGUCGAGUACGAAGCGACCUUGUCGACCGCGAUGCUCUCGCAGUGCAUGUCGGCGUGCCCCGGCAUGGUGCUCAUGGACAUCAAGAUCAGUGGCGACACCAACGCGGCCAAGGGUAUCGUCUACGUCAAGUUUGCGUCGGAGCGCCAUGCGCGCGGGGCCAUCGACUUGCUCUCGGGCCACGCCAGCAUUGGGACGAUGGAUUUGAUUCCAGAUCCAUCCCGCGCAUAUCUUGCGCCGCCUCUCGAUGUGGACCUGCACGCAGUCGAGAGCCAAUUCGCCCACUUGAUGUCGACGCGACCGUACGUCCCGCCGCUGCACGCGUACCCGCGGAUCGAGCCGGCGUACCCUGUCUACGAGUAUCCGCCGUAUGCGGUACCGCCCAUGUAUGCGGCGCCGCCGUUGCCGACCGAGGACGUUGGGACCAAGGGCAUUUGGCUCCACAUCACGUCGACGUCGCCGACGACGCCCUUGGACCAGGCCACGCUCGAGGAAGCUUUGGCGCCGCUCGAUGUGCUGCAGCUGGUCGUCGACAGCGACAUUGACGCGUCGGCCAAGUUUUCCGAUGCCAACGAUGCGCUCUUGGCGAUCCACGCGCUGACGCAACCCGGCUCUGCGUACCACGUCAAGCUCAGUCGGACGCCGUCGUCGCUCCGUGUCAACAAGAAGGCCAAGACGCACUACUGGCCGCAUGGCUAACUGUUGACGACGAUCCUACCCUAACCCUAUUCUAACCAAAUCGUCCCAUCGGAGAGGACCCUACAGCUGA